AAAAUAACUGUAGAGUAUUUAUGCUUCACCAGAACAACUUUGAAUUAGAGUGAGGUCUCACCCAUCAAGUUAAAGGCUUUAAACCCCAAGAAGCAUGCGGGAGAUCGUCCACCUUCAAAUAGGCCAGUGUGGCAAUCAAAUUGGAGAAAAGUUCUGGGAGGUGAUCAGUGAUGAACAUGGAAUUGACCACACUGGGAGCUAUAGAGGAGACUCAGACUUACAGCUGGAAAGACUCAAUGUUUACUUCACUGAAGCUCACUCCCAUAAGUAUGUUCCCAGAGCUGUCCUUGUGGAUUUGGAACCAGGUACUAUGGAUAGUCUCCGCUCAAGCAAAAUUGGAUCUCUGUUCCGUCCUGACAGUUUCAUUCAUGGAAAUUCUGGAGCUGGAAAUAAUUGGGCAAAAGGCCACUACACAGAGGGUGCAGAAUUGGUUGAAUCUGUAAUGGACGUGGUAAGAACAGAGAGCGAGAGCUGUGAUUGUCUUCAAGGUUUCCAGCUUGUGCACUCCUUGGGUGGAGGUACAGGCUCAGGAAUGGGUACCCUCCUUAUCAACAAGAUCAAAGAGGAGUAUCCAGAUAGAAUGAUGACCACUUUCAGCAUUUUCCCUUCUCCAAAGGUCUCAGACACAGUGGUUGAGCCUUACAAUGCCAUACUAUCUAUCCACCAAUUGAUAGAGAACACAGAUGAAACCUUCUGCAUUGAUAAUGAAGCCCUCUAUGAUAUCUGCUUCCGCACACUAAAGAUGACCAGCCCUACUUAUGGGGACCUUAACCAUCUUGUCUCCAUGACCAUGAGUGGGGUGACCACAUGUUUUCGCUUUCCAGGGCAACUGAAUGCGGACUUAAGAAAGCUAGCAGUUAACAUGGUGCCAUUCCCCCGUCUUCACUUCUUCAUGACAGGCUUCUCCCCUCUCACUUCUCGUAAAAGCCAGCAAUACAGUGCCCUAACUGUGCCUGAGCUAACCCAGCAGAUGUUUGAUGCCAAAACCAUGAUGACUGCCUGUGAUCCUCACCAUGGACGUUAUCUUACUGCUGCUGGAAUCUUCCGUGGCCAGAUGUCCCCCAAGGAGGUGGAUGAACAAAUGAUUGCUGUGCAGUCGAAGAACAGCGCAUACUUUGUAGAGUGGAUUCCCAAUAAUGUCAAAGUAGCAAUCUGUGAUAUCCCACCCCGUGGCCUCAAAAUAUCAUCUACUUUCAUUGGCAACAAUACAGCUAUCCAGGAGAUAUUCAAGCGUAUUGCUGAGCAGUUCUCCGCCAUGUACCGUCGCAAAGCUUUUCUUCAUUGGUACACUGGAGAGGGCAUGGAUGAAAUGGAAUUCACAGAAGCUGAGUGCAACACUCACGAUUUGGUGGCAGAAUAUCAGCAAUACCAGGAUGCCACAGCAGAUAUGGAGGGCUAUUUUGAGGAAGAAGAAGAAGAGGAAGAGGUUCAAGUGAAGGAAACCCUUGGGAUAGUGUAUGAAUAGAAGGAAAUAUACAGUAUUUUUGUGUGAUUAAAGUCAAACUAAAAUGACUCUAAAAGAAUAUUUUGUGUUUAGAUACACAAAGCACUGCAUUUAUGUAUCAAUAACUUUAGAAUAUAUAGCUGGAUUCAAGUUGCCCAAUGGAAGAAAAUAUAAUAGUCCCCACCUCAGAGGUCAGUAUAAAUAACUCACUGGCUGUUCUUAUCAAUUCUAUUGCACCAGUUUUGUAAUCCAAUAAAAAGUCAUCUAAGACUUUUUACAAAUCAAUUUUACAUGAGGAUUUAAUUGACUCUGCUAUUUUGGGAUUUUGAACAGUGCUCCUUUGGUAAAAACAAAUAGGUUAGAUCAAAGUAAACAUAAAUAAAACAGAUUGUGAAAAAAAGCAGAGAACUUACUUGUUUUCUUGCAAAAAUUAGCACUUUCUCAGUGUAGCAACUGUCCUCAGGGUGAUAAGAGUGAAGACAUUUUGGAACUUAACUUGCAUUCUGCCAGUUCUGAGCAUGAGCAAAUCUGACUCUGUUUAUCUCGUCUAUUCACUUAAUACUAAACCAACUCUAGUAGUUUUAUGACAUUGUGCUAGAUAAGCUUCCUGUAGAGACCAUAGACUCAUUGUAGGGCUGUGACAAGAAGUAAUGGACACUGCACAAAUUAAGUUUACGAAAAAAAUAAAAGGUAAAAUUAAUUUAAAUAGAUGAAUAAUACAUAUUGCAAUGAUUUAUAUUAAGUAUAUAACACUGCUUAGACUUUUUUAUUACAACAAUGAAACAGACUGUUUAAUAUCUCUUUAAAGGGACCUUAAUGUGUUUCUAAUUAUUUGCUAAAAAAGCUACAGAUUUUAAAAUGCAUGGGGAAUAGUUUCUUUAGGUGUAUUUUUGUAGAUGAAACUGCAACCCAAUACAUUGGGUUGAGCUUGAAGGCAAAAACAAACUUCUAUCUUAUCUGUCUAAUUAUUUACACAAAGUCUUCCUUAUUUUAGUACCUCUCUGUCACAGCCCCCACUAUGAGCAAUAUUUCAUCUAAAGGUUCUUGUUUACAGGUUUAGAAGCGGUCUGUAUAGGUAGGGUUACAACAGGCAAAAUCCGCUAUUUAAAAUGAGAAAAUAAAAAAGAUAUAAGAUCUAUUUGUAAACAAUUUAAUACAGCCCAGUCGGUAAAUGGAUCAUUAGGAACAUAUUAAAGAGGGGAAAAUAUCUGAGUACACAGAACCUUUAAAAAUUAAUGGGAUUUAAAAUUUAUUAGCAGAUUUUUUUCUCUAAAAAUGUAAGCAGAGCUUUUCACUCCCCACAAGUGAGUGCACUACUGUAUUGUUAAUGAAUUGGCAGCAAACAUGCCAAACGUAGGUGGUUACAAUAUUAAACAAAUGGAAAGGAAGCUAGCAUUGCUGAUUUUGAUGCACGAGAAAGGAUGACUUCAUAAAAAAAAUAUGUAUAAAAAGGUAUAGAUACAUUGCUAACAUUAAAGACGGAGCUUGUUUCUGGCGAGUCUUCAGACUCGCAAGUUAUGGAGCAGCGGUCUAAAGGCUGCUGCUCCAUAACCCUGUCCGUCUGCUCUGAGCAGGCACCAAGAGAUCGCCACAAUUCAACCCGAUCGAGUACGAUUGGGUUGAUUGACACCCCCUGCUGGCAGCCCAUUGGCCGCGAAUCUGCAACGGGAGGCGUUGCACCAGUAGCUCACAAGAGCUGCUGUUGCAAUGCUCAAUACGGAGAGCGUAUUGCUCUCAACAUUCAGUGAGGUCUUGCGGACCUGAUCCGCACUGUCGGAUCAGGUCCGCAAGACCUUUGAUAAUUCGGCCUCAUAGGCUUAAUGCCAUGCACCCUAAGGGCCUAAAAUGAUAUUAAAAUGUGGCUAUCCUUUUGUAAACACAUAAAUAAGAAAGAUACAAAACUGUUUUGGCUAGUUUUUAGGUUAAUGGGAUUAAAUUCAAAUGAUUAUCAAUGAGUCUUUUUUCUUUGACUUAUAAUGGGAUUUUUUUUAAUUAUUAUUUUGGAACGUUUUUUACACUAUGAUAGGUGAUAUACCUUUAAUAUGGGAUUAUAAUUUGUAAUGAGGGGAGUGUUUAUGAUGUCAGAGGUGGGAGGGAUUUGUUUAGCUAUUUAAAAUGUGAUUAUUGUUCAUUUGUAUUGAGCCUGAGGAAGGGGUGUGAACCCCAAAACGUUGCUCUUACUGCUACGUGUUCAUGAAGUAAAAAUUGUAUAAUUGAA